AACAUAAUCAUCGUGUUGAAUGAAGUGAUCUGUUUAAUCAAUGUGCAAAUAGUGAAGGUCUGGACUGGGUUGUGGGAGUGUUGACGUGUUUUGCAGUUCGCUGCUAUUGUUGUUGCAGUUUCAAAUGGCAAUAUUUGUUUACUUUUUUGACAUACCAGAGGACACAUUUUCAGUGCUCAUAACAAUACUGCGGUAAACAACGAUGAUAGCGGAUAAGUCACGCCUGACUAAUUGACGUUGAAUUAUACACUCCGCUGAUAGCCGCUGACCUGAUCAGCCGUAGUGAUAACGGCAAACACAUCGAUAUUGUCGAAAACUACUUUCACUUUCGUUUAAGAUUAAUUUUGUAAGAGUUCAGAUGCUUAAAAAACUUCACAAAGUUUAGCCAGGAUGGUAGGCAGACUUUCGGUUGCUGAUAAAAAGCAGCUAGAAAGAUACAUCCAAGCUGGUCCGAAGGACAUCAGUCUGCUGUACAGUUUUACCAAAAAUGGGGCAGAUGCAUCAGUCUUCCACCAGCAUUGCAACAAUAAAGGCCCAACAGUUACUGUUGUUUUCAGUACGCUGGGGACAGUUUACGGGGGAUAUACUGAGAAAAGUUGGGCACCAGGCAGUAUGUAUUUAAGGGACGAACAUGCCUUCCUCUUCCGUCUACAACAGACUGGAAAGGCAGCUCCUGCAAAGUGUCCGGUCAAUACGGCCGAUAAGGCCAUUUAUUGUAACAAUGGAUAUGGGCCUACAUUUGGAGGCGGUUAUGAUUUGAGUACAUUCAAUGGUGCACUAACCGUUCAGAAUGGCAAGUAUACAACAAAUGCUAGUUGCAACUUCGGAUAUUCAUACGACAUGGGUGGAGUGCCGACAGAAGAGUUUACAGACAACAUAAAAACUAUCACAGAAUUAGAGGUAUAUAGCGUUAGAGAUUCAGUCUUAGUACCCACCUGGAGAGAGAUAGGAGGAUGGAAACAACAGGACCUAGAUGACCUGAAAAAUGAAAUGGACACCUGGUCACCACCUCAUGAUGUCGGUCUUAACUCAGCAAAUAUUCUUCUCCUUGGUUCUUGUGGAGCUGGAAAAUCAAGCUUCUUCAACACCAUUACUUCAGUUUUCCGUGGCCGUAUCACAAGACAAGCUGUAUGUGGCAGCUCUGAACAGGGCUUAACAGUAAAGUAUCGCAUGCAUAGUGUACGAGGUUCAGCCCUAACCAAGCCGAUGAAAUUUAAAUUGUGUGAUACGAGAGGGAUUGAAGAAAAUCAAGGUAUUGAUGGCACAGAGUUGGACUAUCUAUUAGAAGGCAAUAUACCAAAUGGUUACAAGUUUAAUCCAUCUACACCGAUAUCUACUGAUGUACGAGUAUCUGGAUUCGUUUCAACACCAUCAUUGAACAACAAGAUUCACUGUGUCUGCUUUGUCAUCGAUGGAAGCACAGUCACUGCCAUGUCCGAGAAAAUGCUCUACAAACAAAUGUUUGCCAGAAAGGCCAUUUUGGGUUUCUCGUGUAGAAAAAUCCUAGCAUUGACGAUGCAGGAAAACAAGUACUUGCCACAAUUAGUUCUAGUGACGAAAAUUGACAAGGUUUGCUCCCACGUAGAAGAGGACGUGUCCACAGUAUUUCAAAGCGUUGCCAUUCAAGAAUUAGUUGAUAAAGUUUCACACAUGUUCGGUGUGCCAAGGAAUCACGUCCUACCUGUGAAAAAUUACGAGAAGGAACUAACCAUCAGAAAUGACGUCAGCAUACUGGCACUACUUUCUCUGCGGCAGAUUCUACACGCAACCGAAGAUUUCAUGUUUAAUCUUCUGGAUUUGAUGGAUAAAGAAAUGAAGGACUCGGAAUCUUUGGAAUGA